ACAUACAUUUUUUUAAACGCUGGAACAGGUGUAUUAAUAAGUGAAUGAUGGAUAUUCGCAAGUACUUCUCAUCGCCGAGCAAACCAGAGACAGUGAUGGUUGAUGCAGUGCAAGUCGAAGAACCUGCGAAAACUGUGAAGGCGAAACCGAAGAAAACGUCUCCUGCGAAAGUGUCUCCAAAGAAGAAACUCACCCCGAAGAGGCCGAAGUCUGGGACAAAAGCGAAAUCAUCUGGCGAUGAUGUCGUUAUCGCUUUAAAUAAAGUGGCUAAGAAGGUGGACCUGUCCGCGGAUGUUCGUUUUCCUGUUAAAAGGCUCCGGAGGAUAAUGAAAUCCAUCCCGAGAAAAACGAACGUUAGUGCGGACAGCAUAGCCCUGAUCAAUAAAGCUGCGGAAAUGUUCAUCACGUAUCUCAGCGUUAAAUCAUACGAAAACGCGUUGAAACGGCAUGCGAAGACGUUGACGUAUGACGACGUGGCUGGACUGGCGAAAACUACUCCCAAGUUAGCCUGGUUAAGAGAAGUUCUUUGCGACCGAGUUUCUUACGAAGAGUACGAAGCGAGACUCGGACCAGAGCCCGACUACGAAGCACUUCGUAAGGUUUUAGUGAAAAUGGCGGACGGCGGGUUUGACCCUUGUGAAUGUGUUUGGAGCCACAUGUUAUCCAUGAGACGGUUGAUGAAUAUCCUGAGGAACUCACAGGAAGAAUGCAAUGAUCAGCAAUGCUCUUUGGAUUUGCCUGGCUUGCAGAGACCAGAAGCGAGGUACGAUGAUAUGACGACCAUGUUCAUGGUUGGAUUCAUGGUAAUCGGGAUGUUGCUGAUGAUGGUGCAUCGAGCCAGGCCGCGGAACACCCCCGAGAAACCGAAAGGAAAUAACGGUGAUCAGGAGAAAGAGUAUGAGUGGUUCAUUCGAGAAGAAGUCCCCGAGGCCGUUUUGAGAUUGAGAGGUCUUCUAGCGGAUUGCAUCAUUAGGAUUCCUGUGCAGGCGAUCGACUCCGACACACAGCCGAAAACGGAGAAAUAUGUAAUUUCCUCCCCAUCCUCUGCGACAGAUUCUUUGAAGUGCAUCGUAACUGUUUGUGGGGAAAACGUUGUCCAGGCUGAUUUAACAUUGAAGAUCAGCAGGCUGCAUAAUAACCCGGUGAUACACACUCAAGUAGUUCCUGAUGCACCUUGGAAACUCCAGCAGAUACAAGAUGCUAGCAACCAUGUUAAACUCGCAAUCAUGCACUUGGAAAAUAUCGAUAUUGAUCAGAUGCUCUGGUCAGGAGAAGAAGUGAGCAGCGUAUUCUCUAAUAUAAUGGCAUCCUUGAAGCAGGGAAGGACAGCGUUGGUCAUUCCGAAAAAGAGAACGAUUGAAGAGUUGCUGAACUCGAAGAACGUGAAAUCCUUGGUUCCGCCGUUGCCUGGGGAUGUUGCGGUGAGUUUUUACCUCCAGUCGCACAAGCUGGUGGUUGCUGGUUACCAUUUAUCUCAUCACCACGGCCACACAAGGUUUGAGAUGGUGCAAGCGGAUACUUCCUUAGUAUGGCUGUCUCAAGUUUUGAUGUUGAUCACUACUGGUCUGCAAGUGUGUCAGCAAGUAAAAGACAAGGUCCAGGCCUUCUCACAAGACAUCGACUUCAACUUGAGAAUCAGGAGAGGAUCGUUAAAUUGAGGAAAUUUCCUAUUCAAAAAUCUCGUGCAAUAUUUUUUCUAAUGUGUUACGUAGUCUUCCAUGAAAGCAAUUAUUGGAUUUUGGGUAUUUCUGCAGUAGCUUGCAAUAAAGUGGAAAUUUUCCAAGUAUGAAUUUUU